AAUAUUAAAAUUAAAUAAAACAUAAACAUGGGCAGUGAAAUUAGUAAAUCAAGUUUAACUAACGAUAUUAUUGACGAUUAUGUUGAAUUAACGUAUCUAACUAAAGUUGAAAUUAUUCAAAUAUACAAAAAAUUUCGUAGUAUAAAUGAAACUGAAGUUGAUAAUGAUAUACAAUAUCGAAUUCGAUUUUCAAGCGUACAAGAAGUUUUUCCUGAAUUAAAACACAACCCGUUUUCUGAUCGUUUAUGUUCCGUAUUCUCAUCAAAAAAAGAUAAUCAUUUUUCAUUUGAGGACUUACUUGAUUUAUAUUCAGUGUUUUCAAAAACUUGUCCGGACAAAGUAAAAGCCGCAUGGGCUUUUCAAGUUUAUGACUUUAACGAAGAUAUGCAAAUAUGUAAAGAAGAUAUUAGUGAAGCAAUUACAAGAUUGGCAAAACAUCGUGACCGUAGAAAAGUGUUAGAUGAUGAUGAAAUAGAUCAUAUAUCAAAUGUUUUACUUAAUGAAAUGGAUUUACAACAUACUGGAAGCAUUGGACAAUUGGAAUUUCAACAUGCUAUUGGAAAAAUGUCUGAUUUCCCGUAUUCCUUCACAUUAAAUGUAUAAGAGGAAUGCCAUAAUAAAUAAAAUUUUAUUUGA